AGUCGACAAGGAAAAUUCUUUGAAAUCGGUCGCGUUUUGUUCGAGUGUUGGAAAAGUGUUGAACUGUGGAAAACUUUCUUCCAAUCCGUUGCGCAAAAGAAGAAAAACUUUCAGUGUUUUAAGAAAAAAAAGUAGAAAAUUGAAAAGUUCAUAAAGUUUUAAAAGAAAAUCGCAUUAAAAGUUUGUGAGGUGGCAGAAAAAAGUCAAGUGAAAAGUGAGAUGGGAAUGAAAGCUUAAAGUGAUAAUAUGAAGGUCGUAUAAAGGAAUAAAAAUUGCGUUAACAUCUUACUGUUGAUUUAUUAUCACUGAAUCGAUAUUUUCGUUCAUUUCGUCGCAUCUGGAAAUAAUAUUUAUAAAUCAUCAUGCAGUUCGUUACACAUAUUAAUCCGAGUUUGAUGGAGUCUCAAAGCGGACACCAUCCUGGACAUCAUGGUCAUUCAGCCCCACAUAAUUCGACAUUGCCACAUAACAUUCACGUUGGUGGAAAUGUUAAUCAUCAGAUCAAUCUGGAUAAUCAUCCACACCACCAUCAACAUUCAUCACAUCAUCAUUCGCAUUCUAAACAGAAAAAUACAGAAUCGACGGAAGCGCAUAAGACACAUCACUCAAGUCAUCACACGUCCCACCACCACCAUCAUCAUGUGAACUUUAAAACAAUAGAUAUUCGUUUAAUUAAUUUAAGUCCUCAAAGUCUUCAACAAAUUAACGUUAGCUUGAAGUUUGCUGGAAUUUAA